AUGCGAAUGCAAUUUGUCUUUACAGCAUUUGCCUCGUUCACAAUAAGAACGCGGGCACUAGGCGUUCCAGCCAACGUCAAGACAUUUUACAACAAUGCCAAAGCCCAAGGACAGUGUCAGAAGCCUAUCAAGUCUGGAUUUCAUGACUAUAAUCAUCUUACACCCAAGAGCACAUACACAGAUUGGUCUUACUGCGGAGACCACAAGGACGACUGGGGCAUCGUCUACAUCCAGGGCAAGAAUGGUCAAUUCGCCAACAUGGACAUUGACUGCGACGGUGUCUCGCGGGAGCCCAACAGCGGGCGCUGCGGGCACAACCCGACGGACCAGAGCGUGACGGCCAUGCGCGACACCCUGCGCGGCUACGCCAUCACCGGCCUCACUGACCUCGACACCUACGUCCACCCGUACGUCGUGUUUGGCAACUCGGGCACCAAUCCGCACAAUGUGCCCUUUGAUCCGCGCGACGUUGGCGUCCUGCCCUUGAGCAUCAUGCUCAUUGUGACGCCGACAGUCAUGGCAAGUUUAAUUUCCCUUUACAUGAAAAACACCUGCGGCAUCUGGGGCGACACCAACGGCGGCGAGCGCGACGCCUCGUACGUGGGCGAAGCCUCGCUGGCGACGGGCGAGCUCACCUUUGGCGCCGGCGUCGUCAACGGCACCGUCAGCCACGAGCCCAACGACGUGCUGUACAUAGCCUUUACGGGGCCGACGGCCGUGCCCGGCCGGGGCGGUGCCGCCUGGGCCGCCAACACCAAGGACAGGUUUGCGGCUUCCAUCUAUCAGCAGUGCAUGGCCAUGGCGGCGCGCAUCCAGCCCGCCGCUGCCAGUGGUGGUGGUGGUGGUGGUGAUACCGGGGACGGGUCGUGCUCUUGGGCGGGUCAUUGUGUUGGUGAGUAG